UCAGUCAGAAAUGGGAAAGAAGAUUGAUGCCAAUAUUAUGCCAUUGAUGGCAAUAUUGCUAAUGUUGAUUUCUACUUCACAAGUAUCAUGUGAUUUGGAUCAAAAAUGCUUUAGGGAUUGUAUUCCUUCAUGUUUUCAAAAUCCUGGAUGUUACAUAUCCUGUGGAAAGGAAUGCUCGCAUAAUUCUCCCAAUAAUUCUUUAAUCAAAGGGUUUGGGUCAAAGCUAUUGAGUUCUGUCGAACCCGUAACCACGACGAUGGCGAUGCCCGUGGAUACAAGUCGCAAAGUCCUUGGAGGAGAGAAGAUAAACAUUGAUGUCUGCAUCAAGAGAAAUUGUAAAGGUGGAGUUUGCUGGUGUUGUAGAGAUGCACCAGAUGGAUGUUGGCUACAACAACAAGGUUGUGAAGAAAAUUGCCCGAAAAAAUAUUCAAAAGCUUUGCCAUGACAAAUUCAAUGUAACCUCAUUUCUUGAAUUAUCGAAUUUGCUUCUUUCUUGUUU